AUGUGCUUAUGUAUAACAGAAACUGAACAAUUUAUUGAGACUAUCAGGAAAUAUCCAUGUGUAUGGGAUAAAGAAGCAACGGUGUACAAUGACAAUGAAUUAAAAGGAAAGGCCUGGGAACAAAUUGCAGCAAAACAUGGAUUGCAGAAUGGAAAUGUAGCAAAAAAAGAAUGGAAGAAAUUACGAGAUAGAUUACGAGACGCAAUGAAGAGACAAAAAAGAAUUACUGGGCAACAACAGACAAAUGUUAAGCCAUGGAAAUAUCAGAAACAGAUGGAAUUUGUGAUACCACAAAUGAGAAAUCGAAAACGAGGUUGCAAUUUGAUUUCUCCUCAGCAAUCUGAACAUUCAGAUGAAGAGGAAUGUAUCAAUAGAACUGCUGAAAGAACAUACAGUAUCCAAGGUGAAGCUAUAGAACAAGACCCUAAGGAAAGGAAGGAAGAAAGUAAAAAAUCUAUGAAAAAGCAUGAGCAGAAACAAUGUAGAAUUUCAGAGAAUGAAAGUAAUAGUAUAAUAAACUUCUUCGAACAACAACCAGAAACAAGUGAAAAUAGAAGGCUUAUUGAACAGAAUGAUGACCCUCUGCUGGAAUUUUUCCAAAGUAUGUAUAAAUCUACUAAAGUUUUACCUCGGUCAUCACAACUUAAAAUCAAGCGUCAGCUUUUCGACAUUGUCCUAGAAGAGGAAGAGAGGGUUGAAACAUCAAAACAAAACAUCAGAUCAGUAUCUUUCCCUUCACAAUUUAGUUCAUCACAUGCAUUUCCAAGUCGUUCAUCCACACCACUAUCUUACACAUCUGCCCCAUCAUUUCUGUAGGUUGACAUACAGGAGCAAGAAUCAUAUAACAAAAACACACCACUACCUCAAAAUGUAUAAAUAGCAUAAGGGACAUCUGGAUCUGAAGAUCAUAGCUUCAAUUAUUGGCUUCAUUGCAUUGAAACCAACCAGCAAAGUGAAGGAGAUAAUGAUGAGAGUUACAGGAAUAUAGUUAGUUAUUGGAAUUAUAGAAAAAAAAAGGAAGAAUAUUAUGAAAGAGAAUUUUAUCCUACUCAUGUCGAUGUUAUCGCUAAUUGUUCUGUUAUCCCAACACAUACCUGUAGUUGGUGUAUUUUCUCUAGAUAUCAUCCUUAAUUAAUUCUUAAAUCAACUCAAAUUGGUGUCUCAACAUCCUAAUAUACAUCCUGGAUUCAUUGUCAGUAAACUCUCAAUAAAUCAAGAAAUCAAGGUCGAGGCGCGAAAGGUGGUUGAUGAAGGGCAAAAGGCUGGUACCAAGAUGAAGGAACUCGUCAUGGAGUAUAGAAAAGUGGAUGAGCCGUUAGAUUCAAUAGUGAACAAAAACAAAGGAAA